GAGAGAGAAGAACCGUGCGGAAUAAAGUCAAAACUCCGGUCGUUUUGUGUGCGAAGAUACGAGGAAAACUUCACCGGAGAAGUUCGCGUUUACAGGACCCACACAUCAAGUCACAUUUAAGGAAAAAACAACGAUUUCGCUACACUUUAAUACGAGGUUAUAUAAAUGUAGCGACGGAGAAAAACAGCUUUAAGUGCAAGCUAACAAGCGGCAGGAAUUAGUGUUUUUUGCGGGGAUUGGUAACAUCACAGGCGGGUUACUUGAGCUCCAUAACACCCCCCACAACCGUGGAGGGAACCCCGCAACUUGGACCCCUUGGUGACGUGUUUUGUGGAGGGAGUCUAGCUCCGUCUCCCGCGCCGCCCUUUCGGCGUGUCGCUGCCUGAAGUUCCCCGGCGGUAAGUGCAGCCACGCCGGGGGAAGCUCUGCGCGACGGCCGCUGCUCGACCCGCUGCUCCUGUGGAUCAGGGCCUUGUCGGUGAGGCGACAAUGCUUGACAUAAUGUCCGAGCACCAAGAUUCACUGUUAACGUGCAAAACGGAACCAUUGCCUCCAGAGCGGAAAAAGAGGACUGUUGAAGACUUCAACAAGUUCUGCAGCUUUGUCCUGGCGUAUGCAGGUUACAUCCCCAGUCCAAAAGAGGAAAGUUCAUGGUCCCCAACAUCAUCCAGCUCUGCACACAGUUCAGGGUUGUCAGCAGAUGGAGGUGGUGGAGGCAGCAGCUCCACGGGCAACACUUGGGCAGAUGGAAGCUCCGACAUCCACACCAUCCAUACAUUUGUUCGUAAAGCUCGAGCGAAUAAGGGCAAAAACAUUCGUCGCUUGCACUCUGAUAGCACUCUGCUGGACAAGAUGCGCCUUAAAGACUCCCUGUAUGACAGCCAGGCCAGCUCUAAGGCUGAGCGCAAGAAGGACAAAAAGCUGAAAAAGCUGUCACUGGGCUCCGGCAUGACGGCGGCAGAUAGUGGCAGUAGUGAAGGCGAGAAACGAGCCCGCAUCAAGCGCAGCAAAAACUCAAAACAGCCGAAGCCUAAGAAGCUCAAAAGCUCUACUGCUCAAAGUGAGACAGACUCUGAGGCUCAGCAUACACAUACGGAGGUACGACCCGGCAGAGAGGAGCUGACGGAGCACGGGGGCUCCACCCCAAACAUGCAGGGCCUGGGGAAGAUGCAGCCAGACGAGUCCUUGAGGGAAGCUGAGAUGAGCUCCAGUGAGGGCGAGACCUGGAUCGCAGAUGAAGACAUUAUGGUGGAGUCAGGUGAUGAUUCGUGGGACUUGAUCACCUGUUACUGUGGGAAACCGUUCGCAGGACGGCCGAUGAUCGAGUGCAACCAGUGCGGCAUAUGGGUGCACUUGUCGUGUGCAAAGAUCAAGAAGUCCAAUGUUCCAGACAUCUUUUACUGCCACAAGUGCAGGGACUUGCGGCGGUCUGGAAACAAAAAAGACCCUUAGACCCGCAGAGGAUGGGAGGGACAAGGAGCACCCACCCUGUUUUUUUGCUGUCCUCUGACACUUGUUUUUCUUUGAUGCCUACA